UGAAACUGUUGCUCUCAGACUCAGAGACUGAACCGAUCUGUUGCAGGAUGUUGCUGCAGCCUCUCUGGAACUUCGUCAUGGGACACUCGUCCCUCCUGCACUCACCUUUCUUCCCCGUCUUCUUCUCCUUGUCCGUCUACCUGUCCUUCUGCCUGCCCUUCCUGGUGCUGGACGUGCUGUCCUCCAGGUGGGCCCUGGUGCGCAGGUACAAGCUGCAGCCUCAGAGCUCCAUCAGCUGGGCCUCACUGCGGAGCUGCCUGGCUCUGACGUUCUACAACCACGUGGUCUUCAUCUUCCCGCUGACCGUGAUGAACUGGUACCUGAGGCCCGUCGACCUGCCCGAGGAGGCCCCGUCCCUGCCUCGCUUGCUGGCCCAGGUGCUGGUCUGCCUGCUGCUCUUCGACUUCCAGAGCUUCAUCUGGCACCUGCUGCACCACAAAGUGCCCUGGCUCUACCGCAACUUCCACAAGGUGCAUCACACCUACACCUCCACCUCCGCCCUCACCGCUGAGUACUCCGGAGCCUGGGAGACUCUCAGCCUGGGCUUCUUCGCCGCCGCCAACCCCCUCCUGCUGGGCUGCCACCCGCUCACCGAGCUGGCCUUCUUCCUGGUGAACAUCUGGCUGUCGGUGGAGGACCACUGCGGCUAUGACCUGCCCUGGGCCACCCACCGCCUGGUGCCGCUAGGGCUGUACGGCGGGGCCCGCCACCACGACAUCCACCACCUCAAGUCCAAGUACAACUUCGCCCCCUACUUCACCCACUGGGACCGGCUGGCUGGGACGCUGUGCACACAGCAAGACUGAACUGUGGAGAGUUUCUGACCUGAAGGUUUCCUGACCUGAAGGUUUCUGACCUGAAGGUUCCUGACUUGAAGGUUCCUGACCUGAAGGUUUCUGACCUGAAGGUUUCUGACCUGAAGGUUCCUGAC